UCUUCUGAGAUUUCAUCUUAUUGUAGGUAAAGAAAAAUGCCUAGGUAUGAUGACCGCCGCGGCAGUGGUACUCGCCUUUAUGUUGGUCACUUAUCGUCAAGGACAAGAUCACGUGAUCUUGAGGACAUGUUUAGCAGAUACGGGAGGAUAGGUUCAGGUGUAGUGAUGAUGAAGUGGGGAGAAAUAGAGCACUUGCCAAGCCCUUGUGGUAGUGCUUGACAUAUGAUCUUCCUUAUAAAAUAUGAGUGAGAAUGUUGCACCCCUCCACGUGUCUGUGUGGUUUAACUUUAAUGAUCUUGUUGAAGGUCUCUUGGCUUUUGCCUAACCUGGAGGUCUAUGGUGAGAGGGUGCCAUGGUGGAUUUGGCGAGUUUUUCUGUAGUGUUAUUGCCUGUUUUUAUCGAAAUGGAACAAUCUCAAAAGUGGUGUUUUUGGUUCAACUGUGAGGGGCGAACUAUCAACCCUUCGAUAAUUGUGUCUUGAUGGCCUUACUGUUUCUGGCACCCGUUUGCGCAGAAUACGUGAUGUGGAUAUGAAGCGCGACUAUGCAUUUGUUGAAUUCAGCGACCCUAGAGAUGCUGAUGAUGCAAGAUAUUCAUUGAAUGGUCGAGACUUAGAUGGAAGCCGUAUCAUUGUUGAAUUUGCCAAGGGAGUGCCCCGUGGCCCUGGUGGGUCUCGUGAUUACCUUGGAAGAGGCCCUACUCCUGGGUCAGGACGCUGCUUCAAUUGCGGAAUUGAUGGUCACUGGGCCCGUGAUUGCAAAGCUGGGGAUUGGAAGAACAAGUGUUAUCGUUGUGGAGAACGAGGCCACAUAGAAAGAAAUUGUCAGAACAGUCCUAAGAAACUAAGCCGUAGACCCCGCAGUUACUCACGCUCACCUAGUCCCCGCCGUGGUAGAAGCAGAAGCCGCAGUUACAGCCGCAGUAGAUCAAGAUCACCUGUGAAGAGAGAGAGGAUUUUCGAGCGAGAAGACAAAAGAUCAAGGAGUCCUAAGCGCCACAGGGGAUCUCCAUCACCAUCUAGGGGGAGGAAGCAUAGUCCAGUGCCUGAUGAAAGAAGCCCGCAAGAGAAAGGUAGCCCUUCCCCUAGGGAAGGCAAGGGCAGGCUUAACAACGGUUCAGAUUACAGUGCAAGUCCAAGGGGAAGAAACAGAAGCCCAGAUCGUGAAGCUGAUGCUGAAGACAAGGAUUAUAAGAACCCUGCGAAAGAGAAAGAAAAUGGCCAGAGCCGCAGCCCUAGCCCACUCCCUAGGGAAGACCGGAGCCCUAUUUAUGAUGAUGAUGAUAAUCAUGCCUCUCCUAGGCGCAGUGAAUCGAAUUAACCGAUGCUUUGGUUUGAAUCGGUAUGCGUUAGUGACAAAUCUCAGUUUGCAACAACUUUUUUAAGUUUUUUUUUUUUAUAUUGGAUUGAUAACUUUUAUUUUUCUUGAACAUCUAGCGCUGUUAAGAUUUAUUAAACUCUUCCAUAAAUUCUCUCCUAUUUUGUGAUGGGUAAAAUUUAGUUUUAUGAUUUCAUAAACUCUGUAUCAAUUACAGAUGGUUCGGAUCCGUUUUGAAUCUGAAUCCAAAUCCGACCAAUUUACUAAGGGGAGGAUCUUUUCUAGUUUUUAUAUCAUUUUAUCUUUAUUUUUA